CUUCAUGAUAUUUCGGGGUGAGUCAUUCGGCGACACAACUGGUCCGAUGGGACUCAACACACAGAGCGCAGUUUGUGCAGCGCCUUUAACGCACCUUUAGGAAUGAGGCAUAGACACUGCUUUAAAUUGAGAUACAUCCUGAAAAAUCAUCCUUGUUCAAGAGACCAAAGACAAAGACUAAUUUCACUAGGUGCGGUAAUACUUCCUUGAUAAACUCAGCUUUUCCCCUCAAAGACCACCCAAUACUAAUAAGCAAAACGCACCCUCAGGUAAUUGAGAACUAUCGUCAGAACACAACCGCAAUGUCGGAGAUCGGUCCUUCAAGCCCAAAUAUUGCCAUCUUCCUGGCCAAAGUCUCCGCUGAGCUCAAUAUCCCUCUUUCGCCACCCAAGGAUGUUACAGCUUUCGGCGAUAAUCCAGCCUUGAAAGACGAACUCCUGGAUCUUCUGCUUCAGGGCAAGAAGACAUCUACAACAACCUGGCCAAUCCCUGAAACACUUCAUUGGGGAGUUGGCGACCUGUCCGUUAUACUUGACGGCAAAGGAGAACCAAAGGCUAUCAUCAAGACAACAUCGGUUGAGAGAUGCAAGUUUCGGGAUGUGAGGGAGGAAUUUGCACUUGCGGAGGGAGAGGGGAAUUAUCAAGAAUGGAGAGACGGGCACAAAAGAUAUUUUGAGCGCAGCAAAGACUCGAAGGCUUUCAGUGAAGAUGCUGAGGUGCUCUGCGAGUGGUUUGAAGUUGUGUAUCCUCAGAUUACGAGGAAUAAGAGUCGAGCAAUCCCAUAUCGGGGAAGAAAAAAGUGAAAACCGCUUUGGCUUGGUUCACCACAUAUCAACGGAUAAGAGCUAGUAUGGCAAAAAGAAAAUUGCAUCAAAUGGGCUUCCCCAAGAGCAAUCGAUGUGUACGGAAGUGCUGCGAGGCAAAAGAGAAAUGUUCCGCGGCUUGUUGCCCCGAAAUUCAAAAAGAUUGGGCCCUAACCAGGAUUCGAACCUGGGACCUCUCCCAGACGCGUCGUGAAGACCCUAAGGGAGAAUCA